AUGAACUGCACUUUCAAGAAGGCGUGUGGCGUCAAUGGGUGUAAGCUGUCCCAUCAUAAACUUCUCCACAAAGAUACCGGUCCGGUGGAAAGAAAUGUCCGGCUACACGCUUUACGUUCCGAUCGGCGACAGAUUGCAUUCAAGAUGCUCCGUUUAGAUGCCCUCGACGCCGACGGGGAGACGGUGCCCGUCAAUAUUCUAAUGGAUGAUGGUAGCGAUGCAACUCUCAUCCGCGAGGGACUGACGUGUCGACUCCGGCUUGCUGGCCAGCGCCAGACCUUAUUUGUAGGAGGCGUCGGUGAAGAAUCCUCCGUCCAUGUGAAUUCCGAGUAUAUCGAGUUGCAGUUAAGGACCUCGUCAGGAGAAAUAGUGCCGAUCCAGGGGUCCACUAUACCCUCUAUCACGAAACCAGUAGCCGUGAUGGCGUGGGAGAAACUACGAGGUAGAUGGAACCAUUUCGCCGACAUACCACCGCUACGAGACUGUGGUGGCCGCGUAGACAUCUUGAUUGGUUUGGACCAUGCAGCCCUUAUAACCGCGAGUGAGUCGCGAUUCGGCAAAGAUGACGAGCCGACCGCAUCAAAGACUCGACUUGGAUGGACGCUACAAGGAGCAGUGGCGACCAGCGGCGGACCCGAUAUCGUCCGGAUUCAUCAUGUGCAGACAUCAGCUGAUCCUACUCUUCAACUAGCCGAGCAAGUCCGACGGUUCUGCGACACAGAGUCGUACGGUACCGAGUUCAAGUCGGAAUGUAUGUCAGCUGAACACCAGAGGGCGGUGACCAAGUUGGAGACGGAGACCGAAAAGCUGAGUGUGGGAUAUGCAGCGCCAGUACUUUGGAUUGACGACGCCCCUCCUGAAAUCCCUGAUAGCCGCCGUACUGCCGAAACAAGAUUGAAGAGUUUGCGGAACAAAUUUGCCCGCAACCCAGGGGAUUACGAGGCUUACUACCGUGCAGCUAUGGAAAAAAAUUUCCGUGAAGGGUACGCCCGACGGCUCACGCCGGAAGAAAUUCAGCGGAGUCCAAGCAGGUAUUUCCUCCCGCACUUCGGGGUGCCGAAAACGGCCGGGCGGCCAGAGUUACGUCUCGUGUUUGAUGCGGCCGCAAAAACGCACGGAAGGUGUUUGAACGAUUUUGUAACCAGUGGUCCUGCGCUACAGAACCCCUUGCCUGCCGUUUUGAUUCGCUUCAGAGAGGGAGCGAUCGCCUGGUCAGCGGAUAUCGGAGCCAUGUUUAGCCGGAUUCGUUUAAAAGAGGCUGAUCGCCCAUACCACAGAUUCUUAUGGCCCGAAGAGGACGGGACCAUAUCGACGUGUGAAAUGACCAGAGUAACUUUUGGUGUUACAUGCUCCCCCUACGUCGCCAUCCGAACCACUUGGCGAGCAGCAGAUGACGCUGGGCCGGAUAUGAAGGAGGCGGCCGAUGGUGUCAGAGAAGACAUCUAUGUUGACGAUUAUCUGGCCUCGACUGGCAGACUUGAGGACGCUGUAAGAAAAGCCACUGGUGUAAAGAAGGUUUUGGAAGGCGGCGAUUUCCACCUGGGACACUGGGUUUCGAAUAGCAGUCAACUAUUAGCGGCAGUCCAGUCGGUUGCGGAGAAUGGGGCCUCUGGCAAGACCCCAACGUGCAGACUCAGUGAUGAUCCUGACUUGAUCCUGGGAAUUGUGUGGAAUCCCUCCACUGAUAACCUGGGAUUCCGAGUGAAGGUGUCCAGUGUGAAGUACACCAGAGUGGGGUUACUGGCCCAAGUAGCCGGAUUGUUCGACCCUUUAGGGACAGCCGCCCCGAUGACUGUUAAGGCUAAGAUUAAACUACGGGAGCUAGGUGUGAAGGGGCUCCAGUGGGACGAUCCUGUGAUUGGUGAAGAGAAAGUGUGGUGGGAGCAAUACUUUCAGAAGAUCGGACAUCUGAAGGAGAUCGAGCUUCCCCGCUGUCUCUUCCCAAGGGUGGAAGAGAUAGUACGGACCGAACUGCACACUUUCGCGGAUGCGUCCGAAGAGGCGUGUGCCGCGUCCUGUUAUACCCGUGUGGUAUAUCAGGAUGGCCGAGUGCUAGUCCGGCACGUCAAGACGGCUACCAAGCUUGCUCCUUUAAAAACAGUCUCCGUUUGUAAAUUAGAACUCAAUGCUGGGCUCAUGGGCGCCCGACUUGCCAAGUUCGUUCAGACGGCCCUGAAAAGGGAGCUAGAUGGGAGAUUCUUCUGGACCGACAGUAGCACGGUCCGGAAUUGGGUCCGGGCCGUGUCCUCCCACUACCAAGUCUAUGUUAGCCACCGGAUCGGGGAAAUUCAAACCCUCACGGAGCCUCAUGAAUGGCGCUUUGUUCCGGGGCGUUUAAAUCCGGCCGACGCUGCUACUCGCUCUCAAAUGGAAGAAGAAGAGAUCCCGAGUUGGUGGUUAGAUGGUCCACCUUUCCUUUAUGAAGAUGAGACGGCCUGGCCGACAGACUUGCCAUGGAUGACCGCGAGGGAGGAGCUCCGGUCCAUCCAUGUCCAUCUAAAUUCAACAGCCAUGGAGCAGUCGACCACGUUCAACUGGAAGGAUGUCAAGAUAUCGGCUAAUGACAUUCCGGCCCUAAUCCGGUUAGAAGGGGAGUUUCUAAGCCACGUGAAGCGGAGUCAACGGGGGUGUACCCUGAGGAGCUCAAAAGAUUGCAGCAGGAAAAAUCACUCCGCCCGACCUCGCCGUUACUGCCUCUCACCCCCUUCCUGGAUGAGUUUGGAGUAUUGCGACUUGGAGGCCGGCUCAGCUGAGCCAAAUUGCCGUAUGAUGUCCUGCACCCUCCAAUAUUAUCCGGAAAACACCCGCUCUCCCGUAUGA